AUGUUUCAUGUCGAAGAAAUUUCAACCUCCACUUGUCUUUCAAAACGAGAAUCCAACCAAUGUGAAAAAGAUCCCAGUGAACCUCAAUUCCAUCAAUCAUUCGCUCAAAAAACUGUAUCGGACUGUACAAUAAGUUUCAUUCAGAGAGUUGACUGUUUAAAGCCUGGUCAAAAGGUUCCCCUCAAAAGUGACGUUUAUGUGAUCAAAAAGAUUGUGAUUGGAGAAUUGAAGGCAAAAGAAAAGAAGGCUUUAAAUUUAAAUCAACAAACUGGUGUCAAAGUUCCAGACUUUUGUGUUGAAAGUAUUUUCCCUCAUCAAAAGAUGGGUACCCUUGUCAAUGUUGUAUACUUUAUCAAAGUCACGGGAAAACUCUCGUUGGCGACUGAUCUGGAUUAUGAGUGCGGAUCACAACAACAAAAAACUCAAUAA